GCCGACACUGCAACGCCCACCACCUCGCUUGCUCGUGCGCACGUGGAUGGAUGACCCAGCGCCGCCGCCCACCAACGUCAUGAACAGUCAGAACGAUACCCACGCCAGAAGGCAGGCAAAACCAGUGGCGGCGACAACACACACAACAAAGUGGAGCAAGCAAAGAAGCAAGCAAGAAGCAGGCAAGAGCCAAGCACACAAACGCAAGGACGUCGUCAAAAUCAGCAGCUGCUGCACCACACCACCGAACGACAGACCAAACAUAAUCUGCUGUUCCGCCACCCACACGAGUUUCAUUUUCCACCCUUCCACCACUCACUCCAACUGAGGAGUCUCUUGACGUGCACAGCACCUGCCCCAACAAAAGCAACCAGAGUUGUUCUAAUUCCCAACAACAGCAGGCAACAACAACAACAACCAAAAGUUGCUUGUUGUUUGCAGCUAGCCCUUCGCCUUCAACUUAGCGUCUCAUCUCGACCCCAUCAAAAGGGUUCAAAGCACACUCGACAAUGACAAUCGUUCGCGUUCGCCGCGCGGCGAUGGCAACCGCACUGGUGUGCGUUGCCCUCGCCAUGGGUUGCAUGGCUCCGCCACACAUGGCGGCUGCUCGCCCCCUUCGCACCAAGAUUCAGCCAAACGACAACAGUGACAACCACAACGCUGGCGCCCAAGACGCCGCAGCAGCAUUGGCAUCAGCAAGUGACGCGGGCCUGCCCUCGCUCAAGGACCUGGACGUGGACAGGAUCAAGGCCCCAUCGGCGAUUGGCGCAGCAGGCCGCCCCCUGACCGUGCAGCGUGUCAAGGCGCCCUCGUCGCUCGCUGCUGAAGCGCCUGCGAACGGCAAGGCAAAGGUUGACCGCAUCCACGGCCCCGACAGCGACACAGACAACAGCAGCAGCAGCAGCAAUGGUAAGGCCCGGCGCUCCCUCGCUGUUGGCGCACCGCCCUCCAAGCUGAAGAUGAACACGCUCAAGGACAACGCCCCAGCUGCAUUCGCUGAGUUGAGCGAGCUCCCGCCUGCGGCAAAGAAGCGCGCCCAGGACAAGCUGGACAAGAUGGACAUCCCUGCUGUCGACGGCCGCACGCUGCACUUUGGUCCAGACGGCGAACCGUAUGUCGCAGACGACUUUCCAGUGCCGCCCGUGUCGAGGGAACGCGUCGAGGAGGAACACGGGCGCGGCCGCCGCUUCCUCACAGAGAACCCACCAUCAUCUUACGACAACAACGGCCUGCCCAUUUACCACAGCCGACCGGGUGCGCCCAACACCAUGGUGCUCGACUUUGAUGGCCACACCACCACCAGCAACAACUACUGGGGCGCCUUCUCUGCCCGUCCGUAUGAUCCAUCCAACGACGGUACCGCGUUCUCGUCCUAUGAACAGGGCCAGAUUGCCCUCAUUUGGCAGCGCAUUGCCGAGGACUACGCUCCGUUCAACAUCGACGUCACAACAGAGCCAUUCGUCACCCAGGGGCCGACAGACAUGCACGUGCUCAUCACGCUGAGCGUGCAGACGACAGGCUACGCCAUGCCACGUCAUACUUCUGGCGGUGUGGCGGUUUUGAAUGUGUUUGGCUCAUCCAUCUACGAGUAUUAUUCCCCAGCCCUCGUGUACUACGACAACCUGGGUGAUGGAUACGCCCCCUACAUCUCCGAGGCCGCAUCACACGAAGCAGGUCACAACUUUGGGCUGAACCACGACGGGUACGGGAGCAGUUCCUACUAUCGGGGCCUGGAUGGAACCACAAGCGCAAACUCAUGGGCACCCAUCAUGGGCAUUGGAUACGGAAAAGCCGUGACGCAGUUCAGCAACGGAGAGUAUGCCGGCGCCACCAACACCCAGGACGACGUUUCGAUCAUCGGCGGGCAGACGGGCUUUGCCGCUGACGAGGCAGGAGACACCCCCGCCACAGCCACGAGCGUCACGUACACGGGCGGCAACGACUUCAAGGCGGACGGCGUGAUUUCUGUGCGCACGGACAAGGAUUGGUGGAAGGUGCAGCUGGCUGGGCAGGGCAGCAUCAGCGUGUACGCGACACCGUGGUACUCAAGCACGGACACGCCGGGGAACAACCUGGACAUCAAGCUGACGGUGUAUGACAGCAACGGCACACCAAUUGCGGUGAGCAGCCCAAGCGGCAGCACGGACGCAUCUGUGUCGCUGGCGUCGCUGGCGGCGGGGUCCUACUACAUUGAGAUUGACGGCGUGGGCGACCCAGCGGUGCUCGCAACCGACUAUGGCUCACUCGGACAGUACCGCAUCACGGGGUCAGUCGUCGCGGACGGCACAACCACAACGAGCACGACAACAACCACGACAACUACGACGACAACUACGACGACAACGAGCACGACAACAACGACGACGACAACGAGCACGACAACAACAACAAGCACGACAACAACAACGAGCACGACAACAACAAGCACGACAACAACAACGAGCACGACAACAACCACAAGCACGACGACAACGAGCACGACAACAACAACGAGCACGACAACAACCACAAGCACGACGACAACGAGCACGACAACAACAACAAGCACGACGACAACGAGCACGACAACAACCACAAGCACGACAACGUCGACGACAACCACAAGCACGACAACAAGCACAAGCACGACAACAAGCACAAGCACGACAACGUCAACCACAACAACUACGACGACUACAACAACCACGACGACAACGACGACAACGGCCUGUGUGAAUGACGGCCUUGAGAGCAACAACGCAUACACAACAGCCACUGUCCUGUCCACAAGCGACGUGGCUUUGAACGCGGUGAUCUGCGGUGGUGAUGUGGACUGGUACCGCGUGCCGGUGUGCGGCGGCGGUACCGUGUCGAUCACAGUUGGGUUCAGCCAAGCUGUGAGUGACCUUGACGCCGUCCUGUACACGCAAGCAGGAGCUGGUGUGUCGACUGGAUACUCGACCUCGGACAACGAGGAGCUGUCCCACACAGACACGACUGGGUAUGACACGCUGUACUACCUUGUUGUGUACAGCUACAACGAUCAGAGCACGGCGUACGACAUCUCCAUCUCCGUGGAUUGCCCCACCACCACCACAACUACAACGACCACGACAACCACGACGACAACCACCACAACUGCCUGUGUGAACGAUGGCCUUGAGAGCAACAACGCAUACACAGCAGCCACUGUCCUGUCCACAAGCGACGUGGCUUUGAACGCGGUGAUCUGCGGUGGUGAUGUGGACUGGUACCGCGUGCCGGUGUGCGGCGGCGGUACCGUGUCGAUCACAGUUGGGUUCAGCCAAGCUGCGAGCGACCUUGACGCCGUCCUGUACACGCAAGCAGGAGCUGGUGUGUCGACUGGAUACUCGACCUCGGACAACGAGGAGCUGUCCCACACAGACACGACUGGGUAUGACACGCUGUACUACCUUGUUGUGUACAGCUACAACGAUCAGAGCACGGCGUACGACAUCUCCAUCUCCGUGGAUUGCCCCACCACCACCACAACUACGACGACUACAACAGCCACGACGACAACCACCACAACGGCCUGUGUGAAUGACGGCCUUGAGAGCAACAACGCAUACACAACAGCCACUGUUCUGUCUGCGAAUGACGUGGCAGUGAACGCGGUGAUCUGUGAUAGUGAUGUGGACUGGUACCGCGUGCCGGUGUGCGGCGGCGGUACCGUGUCGAUCACAGUUGGAUUCAGCCAAGCUGUGAGUGACCUUGACGCCGUCCUGUACACGCAAGCAGGAGCUGGUGUGUCGACUGGAUACUCGACCUCGGACAACGAGGAGCUGUCCCACACAGACACGACUGGGUAUGACACGCUGUACUACCUUGUUGUGUACAGCUACAACGAUCAGAGCACGGCGUACGACAUCUCCAUCUCCGUGGAUUGCCCCACCACCACCACAACUACGACCACGACACCAGCUGCUGGCGAUUUCCCUUCGCUGUCAUGCCCUGCCAACGAUGGGUAUGAGCCCAAUGACAACCGCCGCAACUUGCAGCGCACUUUCAGCCCCGGCACAUACUACGGUGUCUUGUGCAACGGCGAGCUUGACUGGUUCAAGGUGCGUGCUUGCAGGCACGGCGUCAUUCGCGCGCACGUCGACCUGGACCCGGCCACGGCCAAUUCAGUCAACGUGGGCAUUCACCGAAACAACGGCCGCCCGCUUGGCCUGCAGAGGCUGCGGGAUGGUGAUUUGGAGACUGACGUCGCCGUGUAUGCCCCGUACGAUGGCGAGUACUUGGUGAAGGUUGCCGGCUUUGUUCGCAGGUCUGCUCCAAUUUACCGUGUCAUCAUCGAAGUUGUCGGGUGCAGCUGAGACAUUGUUUGAGUGUUGGUUGUGUUACAUUAAAGUUUACAUUACUCAAUUGUUAAAACGACGGCCGCAAGGUUGGAAGGGAAUGGGAGUGUGGCUGCUCACGUUAGUCUGCCUGUUGUGUUGUGGGAGAGUUGUUUGUCUGUGCGUCGUGUCUGUUUGUGUUUGUUCUUUCUCUUUAUCUAGUUAUCUCCAUGUGUUCUCCAGGACUUGCUCCUUCCCUGUAUCUCUCCAGCUCUGUUCUUGGCUUGCUUACGUGCUGAAAUACAC